AUGUUGGCAUUGGUGGGUGAAGGAGGAGGAGCUGCUAAUAAAAUGGAGAAUGAAUUUGAAUCAAAGCUGAGGAUUGAAAAUAACAGUUCAGUAUCAAAUAAUAACCAGAUUCCUCAGAGAUCUAAGAGCUUUGCAUUUAGAGCACCCCAGGAAAAUUUCACCAUCCAAGAUUUUCAAUUGGGCAACAUUUAUGGUGUCGGUUCUUAUUCCAAGGUUGUCAGAGCAAAAAAGAAAAACACUGGAAAUGUCUAUGCCAUGAAGAUCAUGGAUAAAAAGUUCAUCACCAAGGAAAAUAAAACUGCUUAUGUAAAAUUGGAACGUAUUGUACUAGAUCAGUUAGAUCAUCCAGGUGUAGUGAGAUUGUUUUUUACAUUUCAAGAUAGUUGCUCUCUCUACAUGGCGCUUGAAUCUUGUGAAGGUGGGGAACUUUUUGAUCAAAUAACCAGGAAAGGUCGAUUGCCAGAGGAUGAAGCUUGUUUUUACGCAGCUGAAGUUGUAGAUGCUCUUGAAUAUAUACAUAGUAUGGGAUUGAUACAUCGAGAUAUUAAGCCGGAGAACCUGCUGCUUACUGCUGAUGGACAUAUCAAAAUUGCUGAUUUUGGUAGUGUAAAGCCAAUGCAAGAUAGCCAGAUAACGGUCCUUCCAAAUGCAGCAUCAGAUGACAAGGCAUGUACAUUUGUGGGAACUGCCGCCUAUGUACCUCCAGAAGUUCUGAAUUCUUCUCCUGCAACUUUUGGGAAUGACCUUUGGGCACUUGGAUGCACAUUGUACCAAAUGCUUUCAGGGACUUCUCCUUUUAAAGAUGCUAGUGAAUGGCUUAUUUUCCAAAGGAUAAUUGCUAGAGAUAUCAGAUUUCCAAAUCAUAUUUCAGCAGAAGCACGAGAUCUCAUUGACCGAUUAUUGGAUAUAGAUCCCAGCAGGCGACCAGGUGCAGGACCGAAUGGCUAUGCUUCACUCAAAAGCCAUCCUUUCUUUAAGGGGAUUGACUGGAGGAAUUUGAGGAAUCGAAACCCGCCUAGCCUUGCUAUAGAGUCAAGAGGUCCAUCUAGUGGAGCUGAGGACCAAGAUGUUGGGGAUGGUUCAGCAAAAAUAAGUGCAACGUCCACGGCUGAAGCUGGCAGUGUAACUAGGCUUGCUUCGAUUGAUUCAUUUGAUUCGAAAUGGCAACAGUUUUUGGAGCCUGGGGAAUCCGUUCUUAUGAUCUCUAAUGUGAAGAAGCUGCAGAAACUAACAAACAAGAAAGUACAACUUAUCCUCACCAAUAAACCUAAGUUGAUAUAUGUCGACCCUGCAAAAUUGAUGUUCAAAGGGAACGUAAUAUGGUCCGACAAUCCUAAUGAUCUCAGCAUUCAAGUUACUAGCCCUUCACAUUUCAAGAUUUGCACUCCGAAGAAGGUUAUGUCGUUUGAGGAUACAAAACAAAGAGCACAACAGUGGAAAAGGGCAGUCGAGGCCCUUCAAAAUCGUUCGAUGAAGCAGAUGUCCAUUGUCCCGGAUUUGCUUACAACUGAUGCAGAACAAAUUGCGUUUGGAAUCAAAUUAACUAUGAUACGGGUUCCUCCAGUUUUUCCAUAA